AGAUUUAGUGUCAAGUCUCGGGACGCUGCCUUCUCUCUUGGGCCUUGCGAAGGAGCUUCACCAUGCCGGAAAAGCGAAAACAUGAGGAGAUCAUUGAGCUGGACAUUGUUGUGGCCACUCGUGACAAUACUGCAAAACUGGGCUACUUUGUUGAUGACACUGUUGUGAAUCCUGGCUUGGGCAUCCCAUUCUACAAGACCGUCCUGGAAGGUGCCAACUACGAGCAUGCAGAUUGGAAGGACCAGGCCUGUGUGCGUACCUCUCAAAUUCACUGGCGUGAUGACCACAGCGUAUCAUGGCUGGAGCGACACAUGGAGAUGACGCAGGGCUUCAUCGUCAUUGGGAAGAACCCAGGACUCUUCGUGCUUGGGGAGCCAACACAUGACCGCGAGGACCUGGACGAGAAGAAUCGCGCAUUGCCUGAUCCAAAACGCACAAAGGCCUACAUUAUUCCAGCCGGUAUGGGGCUGAUUUUGAAAAAAGGCACUUGGCACGACUUUCCUGUGUCCUGUGGACCUCCAGUAUCUGCAUUCAUCUUGAACACUGAAGAGGUGGUCGAAGCUUUGGCGUCAAUGCCACAGGCUGGUCCCAUGAACCACGGAGACUGCUUCAAGCUACGGCUUUCGGACCAUUGGGACUUCAAGAUGAAAUUCCCAGACCCUCGUCCUUUUGUGCAAAAGCACGGAUUGGUUCCUGGCCCUGUGGCCAUGCCGCUCAUGGGCAAAGAGGGCUAUGGUGCUGGAAUGAAGAGGGAGGAGGUCAAAGCAGGAUGGGCCGGUGGCCAAAAGGUCUAUGUCAUUCCAGUUGUGAACGUCGAGGUUUUCGUCCCAGGGUGUGGGGGACCUGCAAUCCAGCCUCACUUGCAAUCUGUUCCGGAGCUUGCAAACAGGGGAUGGCGAGACUAUGGCAACCGUCGUGGCUUGCAAAGGUUGGCAAGCAUGUUCAAGGAGUUGAAGAUUCCGGCAACAGCUGUCAUCAACAGCGAGGCAGCGAAGCUCGAUUACGUGGCGAAGGUACUCAAGGAGUCAGGCUGGGAGUGUGGAGCUCACGGUCUGAACAAUUCUUCCGGCGCAGCCAAGAUGUCCCGAAGUGAGGAAGAGGCCUACUUCAAGCAGUCUUUGGAUGAUCUUCAGCAAAGUCUUGGCACACGACCGAAGACAUGGCUUACUCCCGGAUUUUCUGUUACUGAGCGCACUCCAGAGAUUGCUGCUCAGUCAGGCAUUGAAGCCUUCCUUGACUUUGUUGACGAUGAUGUUCCAUACUACAUCACGCAUGAGGAAGGCAAGCGUACAUUGUGCUUACCGUAUUGCAUGGAGACAAACGAUAUCUCUCUAUGCCUGACAAAGCAUUUUGAUGGACGCCAGUAUUCGCAGGCCAUUGAAGAUCAUGUUCGCCAGCUUGCCAAGGAAGAUGGCGAGAAAGUAGUUUGCCUUGGAAUGCACACGUUCAUAGCUGGAACUCCUGCGAGAGCCCUUGCUCUUACAGAGGUUCUGGGGCGACUGCAAAAGGUGCCUGGCGUUUGCUUCGCCACUGCUGCCCAGGCUGCAGCGGCUCCUUGCUGCAGCAGCAGCUGAUGGUUAGAAGCGGAAGGAAGCAAUGGUAAAUUCUUCGGAACGUUCAAUUAUCAUUGCCAUAGAAGUAGAGCUAUUUGUCUCACAGUAGGAGAACACGCUUCUGAGUGAGGCAACACUAGGCUUGGCUAUCCCUGCAGGUGGCCUCCGCUAUCCAGAAGCAGUGAGCUGAAGAACAGGUGACCAGAUGACACCGAUUGAGAAAUUCAAAGCCGCCAAACAUCACGUUGUUCUCCAUUGACAA